CAAAGCGCAGUGUUUCCGCGACGCUUUGUCAGAUGGCUUCGGUUUUCCAGCUUUCCCUAUCUCGUUCGGCCUCGUCGUUUCGCAAUUCUCGCGGGGUCGGUUCAGUUCUGCCGGCGACAGGUGGACGCUAAGUGGCGAGUGGUGACAAUUGAAUGCGAUUUAUGAAUUCAGGGAUGUAAAUACAACAUCCCCCUCCCUCACUCUAUCUUCCUCGAGACAUGCUGCUUCGACGAUUGCGAUAAAAUGGCAUCGUUCGAGGAGUCGUUCGACGAGCAGAUCAAGUCGCGUUUCGCAAAUGCUGCCGACAAGCUCGAAUGGGUCCCGUUGUCUCUGACACUGGUGGAGUAUCCACAAGGGGAUCUCUUUGGAAUGGCAUUAGCUGCAAUAAGUUUAACACCCUUUGCCAUUAUAGCUGGUUUUAUUGCAUUAAUACUAUUUAGGAGAGAUUUACAUACUAUUGUAUUUUUUAGCGGAAUUAUUAUCAAUGAUUGUAUAAAUUUUAUAUUGAAACACACGAUUCGCGAAGCAAGACCAAUAAAGAGAGAUGGCCUGUAUGUUGAAUACGGUAUGCCAUCUACUCAUGCACAAUUUAUGUGGUUCUUCGCUGCAUACGCAACACUUUUUAUAUAUUUUAGGUUAAAUUACAACUGUACAAUAUUCGAGAAGUUUUGGCGGACAAUAGUAGCGAUAGGAUGCAUUUUCGGAGCCAUAUUGGUAACUUACAGCAGAGUAUAUCUAGCGUAUCACUCAAAUACACAAGUAUUCUUUGGUGCGCUAAUUGGACUUAUAUUGGGAACUGCAUGGUUUAUAAUUAUGCAUACGGUUUUAACGCCGUUCUUUCCCAUAGUGGUCUCGUGGCGAAUAUCAGAGUACCUGCUGCUGCGCGACACGACUUUAAUUCCUAAUGUCCUAUGGUUCGAGUACACGAGUAUUCGCACGGAAGCCCGGGCGCGUGCGCGAAAGCUAUCGGCAAUCGGCAGAUCGCACUGAUAAACGGUUGGCCAGCAGACCGAACAAUGGAUAAUAAAUGCCUUGAUAACACGAGCAAUUUGAAAGAACAUUCCUUUGAUCGACGAAGUUUGAAAAACGCUUGUGGAAUAUUCGAAAUCGAUGCUCGAGCCUCUAUCAGAGAAAUGAAAUCAUCAUCAUCCAGCAUUGUCGUUACAUUAUGAUAAUUACUUAGUAUUAAUAUAAGCAUUUUUAUCGAAAAGAAACGGACGAAAACAUGGCAAAACUGUUUUGUUGUAAGAACAUUGCCGUAUAUAUAAGAGGGAAACGACAGUUAUUUAGUGUGAUAGCUAUAUUGAAUGACAAUUGUGCAAAUAUUACCAAGAUUCUUGGUCUGGGGUUGUUUAUACGUUCUAAGUUUAACUAUGAAUAUUUCCAACGAGUUUAUGUUCUCUUUGUUUUUUCGCUAUCGAAUAUCAUUCAACAGUAAAUAGCUGCGACAUGAGAAGAAUCAAGUUCCUUGAUAAUGCUGGUUUACUGAGCGAAUGAUGAAAUAUACCAGAGAAUGAUUUAGCGCAAAGCUUUAUUAGCAGAUUAUAAUUUUUUUUGUUUAGCAAUAUGUUACAGGAACUUCUUCCAAUGUUAGCCAAACUCUCGUUUCCAAAUGUUCAUCCAGUACAUGUUUGUAUACAUUGUACGAAAUAUUUAUUUUCCAAAAAACAAUGAGAUCAAAAAAUUAUAAUACAAUGCGUUUGCAUUUUGCAUACUUUAAGUGUUGGUGCAAAUUCUUCCUUGUUUAUUGUUGAUUCUCAUUCACACAUUCAAACAUACACACACACUGCCUGACAAAUAUACCAAUCUAAACGAGUUACAUCAGUCUUUUUUAUAAGCGUUUGCCGAGAUUUUGAACAAACCUAAAUUAUUAAACAUCAAAGUUAUGUCAUUUUGAUGUUUAAUGAUGUCAAUUUGCUACUUGAGAAGAUGUGCGAAUCAAAGCUCAGCAAUAUCAACAUUGUUAACUUGAUAAAAACAGUAGUAUAUAUAAAGUGUCACAUUUUUAACUUCUUUUUGCGAAAAAGCGAGAGAAAAAGAAUGGCAUUUUGUUUAAAAAAUUUAAUAAAACAGCACCGAGCAGUUGCUUAAAAACCGUCUUACCGAAACCUUUAUAUAUGCAGAAUGAGAGUUAUUUUAUUUUAUAAUCUAGAAUAAAGAAAUUCUAUAAAA